AUGGAUCGAAAACACGAAGAGAACUUACAUGGGAAGGAGCCGGUGACUAAAUCAAGCAAACCCACGGCGGAGAUUAAGGCAUUGAGCCACGUCAAGCCCAAAAGAGGUAGGAAGUUUGCGAAUGUAAGGAUAAUGAUGAAGCUAACAAAGGAGUUAUUGUUAAAUGGCAAUGUCCUAAGAAAGAAGGAGGCGGAGAGGAUGAUGGUCAAAGAUCAACCCAUUGACCUAGUCCCAAAAAACAUUGGAGAAUUCAAAGGAGUUACACACUCCUCGAGCUUUCCAUCUCUUGCCUAA